GGUAAUCAUUGAAUGGGACUCCAGAAGCAGGUUGCUGAGACUGACAGAAAAUGGCGUAUCGGAGAGACGAGAUGUGGUCUGAAGGGCGAUACGACUACGACAGAUUUCCAAGAGAACGCUUUCCUCCCAGGAUUCAUCCUGAUGAUGACUACCACAGGGUAGUGAACAUGGUGCCCAAGAAGCCGCCUCUGCUCGAGAGGCCGGGGGACGGCAGCUACGGCCGCUACGACGACUACAGCGCCGGCGACUACAGAGCCUACGAGGAGGGCCGCAGCCUGGCGCACGAGCGCCGCAGCGGCCCCGCGCACCGCGGCGCCCGCAAGGAUGAAUCAGGAUACAGAUGGCCAAGGGAUGAUCAUUCUAUAAGUCGGCAGCCCGAAUACAGGGAGAUCAGAGAUGGCUUCAGAAGGAAAAGCUUCUAUCCUUCCCAUUAUAUGCGAGAGCGAUCCCCCCAUAAGAGGGACUCUCCUUUCUUCAGGGAAUCGCCCGGGAGCCGCCGGGAUUCUCCGCACAGCCGCUCUGGCUCCAGCGUCAGCAGUAGGAGCUACUCUCCUGAAAGAAGCAAAGUCUAUCCUUUCCACCAGUCCCAGCAUAGCAGAAGUAAAGAGAGGACUUCAUCUCAGUCACUGAAGACGUCCAGAGACGCGUCGCCGUCAGGCUCCACAGCAGUGCCCUCAGCAAAGGCCUUGGACAAGAGCAGCAGACUGACGGAGAAGGAGCUCGCGGAAGCUGCCAGCAAGUGGGCGGCCGAGAAGGCGGAGAAGGCGGAUGAAGGCAACUUCCCGGGAAUCGCCGACUACCAGGCUGGCUCCUCAGCUCCACUGUACGUUGAACAAGCAGAGGAAACGGAAGCGAAUCUCACGGAUAGUCCGGAGUUAUUUGAGGAUGGCCACGUCGGCCGAUCAAAGGCGAUUGCAGCCAAGACCAAGGAGAUCGAGCAGGUGUACCGGCAGGACUGCGAGACCUUCGGCAUGGUCGUGAAGAUGCUCAUCGACAAGGACCCGGCGCUGGAGAAGCCCGUGCAGUUCGCGCUGCGGCAGAACCUGCACGAGAUCGGCGAGCGCUGCAUCGAGGAGCUCAAGCUCUUCAUCGCCCAGUACGAUGCUGCCAACCCGGACGUGCCGGAGGCCUUCCACGAGGGCCCGUAUUGAGGAGGAGAGCCCGCGUGUGGGGCCCGCGUGUGGGGCCUGUGGGGCUGGACCCGCCGCGGUCCUGCCGGGCUGCCCCGCUUCUGCUCUUCCCAUCGGGACUCGCUGCCCUUCGCUCCUUGGAGAAGGAUUUUCGCUCCGAUCAGGCUGGAAAGCGACAAACCAUUUGGGGGACUUUACACAGUUACCUAGGAAAAAAUGUUCCGUCUGAUCCAUGUACAUGUAACGUUUCUGUAUUUAGAAGGGUAACUGAAAGCGCCCUAUUUUUUAUUAAAAUAACGAGAAAUA